AUGGCAUCUCACCUCUCCACCCAUACUGGGUCCUCCCUAGCAGAUUUGCCUAAAUCCAAUGUAUUCACAUCUAAAUUGCCCUCUGAUCCGGCUUUUGAGACUCCGGAAUCUUCUCAUGGAGCCCCCCGAGAAACAUUGGGGCCCCGCAUGGUGAAAGGCGCCCUGUUCACCUAUGUCCGACCGGAACGUACAGAGGCACCAGAGCUACUGGGCGUGAGUCCCAAGGCAAUGGAAGAUCUUGGAUUGAAGGCCGACGAGGCAAAAACCGCGCAAUUCCAAGCAUUAGUCUCCGGUAAUGAAAUCUGUUGGAAUGAGGAACAGGGGGGUAUCUACCCAUGGGCCCAAUGCUACGGAGUGGUUCGUGGGCUGGUCAACUUGGAGAUGGAGUAUGUCUAUAUUUCAUUCUCUUCUUCAAGACAAAUGCUAAUGAGCUAUGUGUAUAGCGUGCAAUUAGCCUUUUUGAAUGUACAAAUCCACAUUCGAAAACUCGGCGCAGGGAAGACGCCGUAUUCCCGAUUUGCGGAUGGGAAGGCAGUUCUUCGAUCGAGUAUUCGUGAAUAUAUCGUCUCUGAAGCUCUAAAUGCUCUUGGGAUCCCUACAACUCGUGCCCUAUCUCUGACUCUGCUGCACAAGUCCAAGGUUUUGCGGGAGCGUCCCGAGCCCGGUGCGAUUGUGGCUCGGUUUGCCGAGUCUUGGCUCCGAAUUGGAACUUUUGAUCUUCUCAGAGCCCGGGGCGAUCGUGACCUGAUUAGAAAACUUGCCACUUACACCGCGGAAGAUGUCUUUGGAGGAUGGGAGAAUCUUCCCGCCAUCGUAUCUGUCCGAGAAGGCCAGUCCGUCACAGAGAUCGAUCACCCCCGCAGAGGGAUACCUCGAGAUGAAACACAGGAGCACCAACAGGUUGAGGAAAAUCGAUUUGCUCGCCUCUAUCGUGAAAUUACUAGACGCAACGCAAAAACAGUGGCUGCCUGGCAGGCCUAUGGCUUCAUGAACGGCGUGCUGAACACCGAUAAUACCUCGAUUUACGGCCUUUCCCUUGAUUAUGGCCCAUUUGCAUUUAUGGAUAACUUUGAUCCCCAGUAUACUCCGAACCAUGACGACGGUAUGUUGCGGUACUCCUAUAAAAACCAGCCUAGCAUCAUCUGGUGGAAUCUAGUUCGACUGGGCGAGUCCCUAGGGGAACUGAUUGGCGCCGGGAAAAACGUGGAUGAUGAGACUUUCACUAAAGACGGCGUCACCGCGGAAAUGGAACCGGAUCUUAUCAAGCGCGCGGAAACCGUCAUUGAACGCACUGGCGAGGAGUUCAAGGCAGUCUUCCUGAACGAGUAUAAGCGACUAAUGUGCCAGAGACUCGGUCUGAAGAAGCAGCAAGAAUCUGACUUUCAGAGCCUCUUCUCCGAAAUGCUCGAUACAAUGGAAGCCCUGGAGCUAGAUUUCAACCACUUUUUCCGCCGACUCUCGGGACUGAGUCUGUCUGAACUGGAGACCGAAGAACAGCGGAUCGAAGCUGCAGCUAUUUUCUUCCAUGCAGAGGGGUUCGGGGGCAUCGGCUACACAGAUGCCUCGGCCAAGGAUCGAAUUGCGAAAUGGCUAGAGAUCUGGCGAGCUCGCGUGCUUGAGGACUGGGGAGACCAGGACGAUGAGCGACAAAGAGCCAUGAAGGCGGUUAAUCCAAACUUCGUUCCACGGGGAUGGAUUUUGGAUGAAGUAAUCGAGCGCGUGGAGCGCAAGGGAGACCGAGAGAUACUGGGACGGGUAAUGCAGAUGAGUCUGAACCCAUUCAAGGAUGAAUGGGAUAUUCUAAAGGAGGAGGAGGAGCGCUUCUGUGGCGGUGUCCCCAAGUACAAGAGGGCCAUGAUGUGUAGUUGCAGUUCAUGA